UCUUUUCAUAUUUUAUCGAAGAAUUUCACCCCAAUUAAUAUGAGUGGCUACCGGUAGUGAUCAGGUCUCACUCCUCUUCUCGAAGGCAUAGGAACUACUGCUCCGUUCACUCCAAUAGUCUUGGAUAUUUUUUCCUCUGUAGUCACUACACCUAUAAAAAAAAUUAACCAUGUGUGAUGAAGAUGUUGCCGCUUUGGUAGUAGACAAUGGAUCUGGUAUGUGCAAGGCAGGUUUUGCCGGAGAUGACGCUCCAAGAGCCGUCUUCCCAUCCAUCGUAGGCCGACCAAGGCAUCAGGGUGUCAUGGUAGGUAUGGGCCAAAAGGACAGCUACGUCGGAGACGAGGCCCAGAGCAAAAGAGGUAUCCUCACAUUGAAAUACCCAAUUGAGCACGGUAUCGUCACAAACUGGGAUGAUAUGGAGAAAAUCUGGCAUCACACUUUCUACAAUGAACUCCGUGUGGCACCAGAAGAGCAUCCAGUCCUCAUGUCAGAGGCACCUCUCAACCCCAAAGCCAACAGGGAAAAGAUGACACAGAUCCUCUUCGAAACAUUUAACUGCCCAGCCAUGUAUGUAGCCAUCCAAGCUGUCCUAUCCCUUUACGCAUCUGGUCGUACUACUGGUAUUGUCCUUGAUACCGGAGAUGGUGUCACCCACACCGUACCAAUCUAUGAAGGUUAUGCACUCCCCCACGCCAUCAUGCGUCUUGAUUUAGCCGGUCGUGACCUUACCGAUUACCAAAUGAAGAUCCUUACAGAGAGAGGUUACUCAUUCACAACCACUGCCGAGCGUGAGAUCGUUCGUGAUAUCAAAGAGAAACUUUGCUAUGUUGCCUUGGACUUCGAGCAGGAGAUGGCCACAGCUGCAUCAAGCUCCUCCUUAGAAAAGAGCUACGAGCUUCCCGACGGUCAAGUUAUCACCAUCGGCAACGAGCGAUUCCGAUGCCCAGAAACCCUCUUCCAACCAUCUUUCAUUGGUAUGGAAUCUGCCGGUAUCCAUGAAACAACAUACAACUCUAUCAUGAAGUGUGACAUUGAUAUUCGUAAGGAUCUGUACGCAAACACCGUCUUAUCCGGCGGCACCUCCAUGUACCCAGGUAUCGCUGACAGAAUGCAGAAAGAGAUCACUGCACUAGCACCACCAACAAUGAAGAUUAAGAUCAUUGCACCACCAGAAAGGAAAUACUCCGUAUGGAUCGGUGGCUCCAUUCUGGCUUCCCUCUCCACCUUCCAACAGAUGUGGAUAAGCAAGCAGGAAUACGAUGAGUCUGGUCCAUCCAUUGUCCACCGUAAAUGCUUCUAAAUUAUCAAACUCUAUUUUCAAAUUGUAAAGAUUUCAUUACAAUGAGUCUUGACAUAUUUAAAGUGCAACAGAACAGAAUUGGAGUCGAUUUUAGAGCAGAGUUGGAAACAUCAAGGAUUGCAAGAAGAGGAGCAGAGGAAGAAAGAGAAAGAAGAGGCUAUGUAAAACAAACUAUAGAUCAUUUUAAUUAGUGCAACAACCAAAUAAAAUUGAGGUGCUACUGGCGAAAACUGGUAGACUACUUAUAGAAGUAGAAUGAAGUAGAAAACCGGACCUGGGGGAAUUGAUUUUAAUUACUCGUGAUCCUCAAUGCAAAUGUUUUUGAUUUUUUUACAGCCGAAACCAGAGGCAAUAAUAAUGGUAAAUGAAGCUGAUUGGGAAAUAUUUAGGGCUACUAACACCUCCCUGUAGGACCUCCAAACCCAAUGAAUGUAUUUUUCUUGUUGGGAAGACAGCAGAAUUUAACAAAAGUUUAUUUAAUUUACAUAUCGUGAUUUACAUUUUUAAUUUCCUUGUAUACUUUUAGCAAUUUCUUUCUUUUAAAAAGUCUUUAAGGGUAUUCACAAUAAAUGUAGAUAUUUUCUAAGUAGAUAACACAAA